AUGGAUACAUGCGGAAACUGGAAAACACUACGUACGGCCUGGUACAUACAGCGCGGAGACAGUCUCAGGCGACCACAAAAGAUCCGCUUCUCAUUUUAUCGAACUCUCCACAACAUCUCGGUUGAGAAUCUCGCGUUCAAAGAACAUCUUGAUCAUUGUGAACUCAAUAGUGGGCCCAUCCGCCCCGAUCGGUCGGUGCAAGUAAAUUGUAGUCUGCAAGUCGAACUGAGAAGCGUGGAUCCAAUGACUUUCAGAAAGAAAACUGAUAGGCUUGGAAACCCGUGCUGAGAUGUUUAUUUCGAGUUGGUAGUGACAAUCAACUCUGCCAUUAUGACGUUUUCACUCGAGUACAAGGGCAAAAACAUGGGUAGUGUUGAGGCGAAGUAUCACUGAGUUUCAAGUCAGAGGCUACUCAAGCCCAAAGAGGGAUUCGAUCUAGAUAUUCGUACUGUGGUGUUUACUUUCUCAAGGGAAUAAAUUGUUGAUAUGAGGAACUCUGCGUGGUACUUUUUUUGUCAUUUGUUUGGAGGUUUCAACGCCGAGUUCAUGAACUCAUAAAACGCCUGUCAACUUUACAAAAAGCAUAAUUAAUUCAAAUUUGAUUUGAAACUUUUGGUAAUAUAUUUGCAGGGUGCUUGGUUUAGAAUAAAUCAUUACACAUCCGAGAUAAAUAAAUACUGGGAGUAUGUCAUCAAACUGCACUUUUUCAUUGUCCAUGUCUCCACUAAUUUUUGAUGCAUCCGACCUUGACAUACGAUUCGAAAGAUCAACGUGGGGGCCAGGCUACUACUUGGCGACUAUUUCUUCGAGC